UGAUUAUGGUGAAGGACGUUUAGAUUUUUUAAUUAUGUUUAAUAAAGAUGAUUAUAAUAAUAUAACAGCAGAAUUUUAUAAUGUUUUAGAAUAUGCUUGUUAUGAUAAAGAUCAAUGUAAUAAAUUAUUUGUUUAUCAUCAUAUUAAAUGGCUUAAACAAGUUAAUUAUACUAAUUUUAAAAAAAAUUUACAAUCAAUUCUUUUUAAUAAUCAAAAUUCUACAGAAUAUUGUUUUAUUGAUAAAAUAAAAUUAUCAAAAUGUUUAACAAAUGUUUGUUCAGGAAAAUAUUCAAGUUAUCAUAAAAAUUAUUUAUUUGAAUGUCAUUUAAAUUCUGAAGCAUUAGUUGAAGUUCAUAUAACAACAAAUAUGAUUGUUAUUGAAGAAAAUUCUUUAAAUAAAUCAGCUUAUAUUGAAGAACAUAAAAUAAUUCGAUAUACUUGUAAAUAUAAUCAAUGUAAUAAUCAAUUAUUAACUGAUAAAUUAUUAAAUAUAACAGAAUUAUAUUUUGAAUUAUCUUAUAUGAAACAAGAACUUUUAAAUUAUUAUUGGUUAAAUAAAAAUCAAUCAACAUAUUCAUCUUAUGAUAUAUUAUUUAAAAAUCAAACAAAAGAAUUUUCAUCAUCAAUAU